AUGCCUUAUCUAUUUACUGGAUAUCCCUUAGAUGAUCUAUACCUUGGGCCAAAUGAUGACAUAGAAUAUGAUUCUGUGUCAUCUGGAUCACCAGAUGUCUUGGCUGCAAUACCCAAUCAAUCACCUCCGGCUCAAGCUGAUCAUCCAGGUUUUCCCAUCGAUCCAGACUUGUACCUCAGGCCUGAGGAUGAUAUUAUUGAUGUUGAUGAGUUGCUGGAUCCUGCUGAUCCUGAGAUUGAUGCUCUGGCUGCAUCAGAAGUGUCUAUAUCAUACAAAACCUCUACCAAACUUUAUUCAGAACAGCCAGAGCUCACUAACAAAGAUUUAUGUUUGAUGGUCCAGGAGUUCUGA